CAGRAAGACCUUCUGGUGUUACUGACACUAUGUUUACAGCAACUGAUUUUUUAGAAGAUGACGAAAGGCAAAACAUWYUAAAUAUUGCUCCAGGUGAAGGGAAUAGACCAUUAAGUGUUUUUAGAGAUAAGCAUUGCGAAGAGUUAGCAUAUCCUGGAAUAUUUCUUGGACAACCACGACUUGACAAUAAACAAAGAUUAGUUAAUAUUAACUAUAGUGACAUAUGUAAAUCCGAGUUGAGACAAUCUGACAGACGAGCUGCAAUGUGCAUUGAAAAUAUAUUUUACAAAACAAAAAAAUUGCAAAUGAAAAUCCUAUUAGGRAAAUCACAUAUAGCUCUGAGAAAGUGCAAGGGUAACAACAAAAAUAUCACUGCAGGGCAACUCAAGCAACAGGGAACAUUAGACAGAUUGAUUCGUCAUGAYGAUGGCUAUAAAUUUCUGAAUGCUUUGAGAGGUUCACCUCCAUACUUUGAAAAAGCUAAAAAAGAUCUWUUUGCAAURAUCAGACAAUUAGGUCCUGCUACACUGUUCUGUAGUUUCUCAUCAGCUGAAACGCAAUGGGUACACCUACUUAGAAUACUUGGUCAGCUUGUAGACCAUCASGAAUACACUGAUGWAGAAAUAARCAAUUUUAACUGGGAUGACAGGUGUCGCUUAAUUCARAGUGACCCUGUGACAUGUGCDAGACACUUUGAUUAUCAAGUUAAUCAGUUUUUGACAAAYUUCUUAUUCAGUUCUGCUGAACCWUUAGGUAAAAUAUCAGACUGGUUUUAUAGAGUUGAAUAUCAACAGAGAGGUUCUCCUCAUAUACACAUGCUCAUAUGGCUUGAAGAUGCACCACAAUUUCAARCAGAUAGUGAUGAAGMUGUCAUAUCAUUUAUUGAUAARAUAAUUACUUGUGAAAAGCCAAUCAACAAUGCUGAACUUCUAAACUUAGUUAAUCGACAAGUACAUAGACACUCACAUACAUGUUGUAAAAAUACUAGCAGUAAAUGUAGAUUCAACUAUCCACAGCCUCCAAUGAAGCAAACYAUGAUACUAUAUCCUCUAGAUGAGGAUACACCAGAAAAUGAAAUAAAAUUACACAAAGACAAUUGGAAGUCAAUAAAAACAUAUCUUGAUGAWAUCAAAGAUGAUGAAGUAAUUCCAUUUGAUGAAGUUCUUUUGAARCUCAAUAUCACAGAAGAAAACUACUUAUAUGCCAUAAGGUCAUCUGUAAACACACCAACUAUAUUCCUCAAAAGAAAUCAUAAUGAAAUACGCAUAAAUAAUUACAACCCUGCUUGYCUCUCUGCAUGGAGAGCUAAUAUGGACAUACAGUUUGUAUUAGAUGUGUAUGYAUGUGCUGUAUAYAUAGUCAAUUACAYAUCAAAAGGUCAAAAAGGUAUGAGUGAACUUUUGAGAGAGGCUUGCACUGAAGCUAGACAAGGAAAUAGUACUAUUAAACAACAAGUUAGAGACAUUGGGAGUAAGUUCCUAAAUAAUGUUGAAAUUAGUGMCCAAGAAGCAGUGUACAUAGUAUUACAACUUCCAAUGAGAAAAUCAUCUAGACAGAUCAUAUUUAUAAAUACUUCACCUCCUGGUGAAAGGGUGGAGCUUUUAAAACCUAUGGAUGACAUCAAAAACAUGGAAGAUGAAUCAGAAGAAAUAUACACUAGUGGUUUGCUAAAAAGAUAUUGCAAGCGACCAGCAAAAUUAGAAAAUCUUACACUUGCAGAUUGGGCUGCUUGGUACGAUUGUACAGGCAAGCCRUAUAUAAAACAAACUAAUGAGGUUGAUGUUGAUGGUCUCCCAUUAGAGAAUUUUAUUGAUGAUAAUCAAAAUGAUGAUACAGCAGAAACUGAUAAAUCAACAUGCAGCAAAACUAAAAAAAGGACUAAAGCUAGGAUAAUAAGAAGUGUUUGGUUCAAUAAGCAAUCUGAGCCAGAGAAACAUUACCGUGAACUCYUAAUGCUUUUUACUCCAUGGCGAGAUGAAGAAACUGAUCUMCUAGGURCAUUUUCUUCCUAUCAGGAAYGAUAUAUGUUACUUGCUAAUGURAUAAAUGAACAAAUGAAGCAAUAUGCUGUUUGUAAUGAAGAUUUCAAUGAAAUWCAACAAGACAUGAAUAGGAUAGAAGACAGGUUUGAUGAAAUAGCUCCUUGUACACAAAGUCUURAACAACAAGACCAAGCUGAAGGUGAUCAGGACUUACAUCCUGAUUUUACUGGAAACUACAAUCUGUCAGAUGAUUUAGGAAUACCCUCAGUUGAUAAUACAGAACCACUCACAAUGAAUGAACUACCAGAUGAUGAAUAUAGACAUAUGGUACAAACAUUGAAUAAAGAACAAAAAGAGUUUUUCUAUCAUGUACUGCAUUUGAUAAAGACUUCUGAUGAAGCAUUUUACUGUUUCCUAAGUGGUGGUGCAGGCRUUGGUAAAUCACAUGUUACUAAAGCCUUGUAUCAGGCUGCAUUGAAAUAUUAUAACACCAGACCAGGUAUUAACUUUAAUGAAGUAAAAGUAUUGAUGUUAGCACCUACAGGGAAAGCAGCAUAYAAUAUUAAGGGAAACACCAUUCACAGUGCACUUGCAAUACCAGCAUGUCAGUCAUUAAAGAACUACAAACGUGUUGACUCCAGCAGGCUUAAUACAUUAAGAUGUAAGAUUGGUAAUCUUAAGCURAUAUUUAUUGAUGAAAUAUCAAUGGUUGGUAACAACAUGUUCGCUGUUCAAAUAUAUAAUAGACUUAAAGAUAUCAAAGGUAGCUCACUACCAUUUGGCGGUGUUAGUAUUGUYGCUAUAGGAGAUYUAUUCCAACUGCAACCAGUAAUGGAUGGUUAUAUAUUUAAAGAUCUUGAUAAUGAUGAAUAUGGUGUUCUUGCWCCUAAUGUAUGGAAAGAACUUUUCAAAAUGUUUGAACUCAAACAAAUAAUGAGGCAAAGAGAAAGUAAAGACUUUGCUGAAUUAUURAAUAGAUUGAGAGAAGGAAAUCACACUAAAGAAGAUAUCCAGAAAUUAAAACAAAGAGUUAUUGAUAUCACUAGUCGUGAGUAUCCCAAAGAUGCUCCACAUGUGUUCAUUSAAAAUGCAAAAGUAAAUGACUUUAAUGCUAGAGCACAUAAUGCUCUUCCAGGUACUAAAUAUGCUAUAAGAGCACAUGACAGUGUUAUAGGUGCUGAUUCACAGGAACUUAGGAAUAAAAUAUUGAAUCAAAUACCUAAUGAUCCUAGAAAAACAAAACAACUGCAUUCAGUAUUAARUGUAGCAGUAGGAGAAAGAACAGAGAUAUCACUUAACACUAGGACUGAUGAUGGCAUGACCAAUGGUGCUGGUUGUGUCAUAAAAUUGAUGCAAAUACAACAAACAGAUAAACCAUCUGGUGUUAUAUGGGUGCAGUUUGAUCAUCCUGAUGUUGGUCAAAAAACAAGGCAUGACAAUAGGCAUUUGUAUAUAAAUGACAUUGAACAAACAUGGACACCAAUUAAGCCAAUUACUACACAGUUUASUGUAGGCAGAACAAGAUCUGUUCAGGUUGUUAGAAAACAAUUUCCUCUGAGACCUGCUGCAGCUAAAACUAUUCACAGAUCACAAGGUGAUACUGAAUCUAGAAUAGUAGUAAAUCUUGAAACUAGAAGAGCAAUUCCUCAUAUUCACUAUGUGGGAUUAAGCCGUGUAACAACUAUAAAUGGUCUAUAURUCACAGACCUAUGUGAAGASAAAAUAGCUGUUAAUCAUGAUGURCAAGCAGAAAUGCAUAGAUUGAGAACUGAAGGACAGCUGUCACUUUCAGUAACACCCAUAUAUAAAGCACCAAACAAUAGUAUCAAAAUAUGUUUUCAUAAUGCAMGGUCAUUGCACAAGCACAUAGRUGACAUACGUCAUGACUUUAACUAUUGGAGCACUGAUAUUAAUAUUUUCUCAGAAACAAGGUUUUCUCAACUAGACACUGACAAUUUGUACCAUAUAGAAGAKGGAAGYUAUACAUUAUUUAGGAAUGAUGAUUCAACAACAGUUUCAYAAAAUGUGCGACCAUAUGGAGGCACAGCAGUGUAUACYCGUCUUGAYUAUUAUCCAGGAUAUCCCUUUAGUAGUAAUAGGCAUGGUGUAGAAAUAACURUUUUGAGAUUUAUGAUUAUGCCUCAURUWACAGUAGUGGGWGUAUACAGCUCACCAGCAGUAUCRGUWACAGYRUUAUGUAAUGCUAUUCAAGAGAUACUAGACUCUCUGCCAACUCAAAUGAACAUUUUUAUUGGUGAYUUUAAYGUCAACUGGUUCAAUCAGYCCCGCYGUGCAUCACUUUAUAACUUCUUCAUAAAUCAGAAUGGUUAYAGACAGCUAGUGUCGUGUAGCACUACUGACAGCAACACUUGUAUUGAUCACMUUUAUACAAAUUUGUCUGACUCMGAAAUACAGUUCCAGAUUUUAGAGACCUAUUUUUCAGAUCACAAGCCCAUUUGUGCCUUGGUUAACUGCUUUAAUCAAAAUUAAUAUUGAUGAUAUUAAUCCUUGAUUAUAUAAUUAUUGAUAUAUGAAAUGCAUUGUAUUAUAUACAUGCAAGAAGAGAAAUGCAGCUACUAUCAUCUCAAUAUGCAGUGUUUAAUGUGAAUUAACUCAAUGACAGUCAAUGUUUGCCAUUAUAUGACUUAAUACAAAACAAAAUAACUACAAGCAACUAGUGUCAUGCUACACAACAGAUAGAAAGACUUGUAUAUACCAUAUUAAAAUUAAUUUGUUGGAUUCAUUGAUAACAAUAAGUAUUAUUGAAACAUAUUUUGCUGAUCAUAAAAUGAUUUAUACUAAAAUCAACAUUAUUGGUUAAUACAAAACAUGAAAUAUUUUAGAGAUAAAACUARUAAGUUACAURAUAUACCAACAAGUAUUUUAGWCUAAUCUUUASAAAUGGUAACAGUUAAGAAGUAAASAYUCUUAGUAAAUAGAAAGACCAUAUAUGUGUAUAAAGUCCUGAUGUAAUUUUACUCAACAGAAACAGCUCAAACAAUACCAGACACAAUGGGGCAAAAUUAAUUAGAUGUUAUAAAGUAAUUGCACUUGAUGCUAUUCUGAAGAGCAAGUUUAUGAAUUUCUAAUUAAAUUUAGAUCUUUCACAACGACUUGUCAACCCCAUCAUAUCAAAUAUGUACUACAAGAAUUCUUCAAAACUGAAUGUUCUCACUGUCACGAAGUUGGAAUAUUGUAAUAAAUACUCCUGGCAAUUGAAAGUGAACAUCAGAACUAUUAUAUUGAUACAAAGAAAUAGAUUGAGUAAGACUAAUACGCCUCUUUCUAAACAAGAACGUUGCAAUGACAGGAUAAAUACAUGUAUUACUUCAAGGUCUUAUACUAAAAGCCCAUUUUAGUGAAGCAUGCAAAUCUCUUAUUAAGUGAAACAUUCACAACGUCUGCGAAGAUAAACUGUGUUCACGAGCCAAGGGUCGAUAUUCAGAAAGAAAGAGCACGAGGGACGCAGAAGCCUAAACAACUCCACAAUAACCUACGAGAAAUACCCAGUUGCAAAGAAGUACGUGAAAAGAAAUACGUGCAAAGAAAUACGUGAAAAGAAAUACGUGAAAAGAAGUACGUGAAAAGGAAUACGUGAAAACAAAUACGUGAAAAGAAAUAUAAGAGGGACAAAACCACGUGGUGACGCUUAGAGUCCAUUAAAGAGGAGACAGGACUGAUAAGUAUUAAUUCUGACUCAUAAAAUUGUAUCGUUUUAAAAAGCGACUGUAAAGGAAAACAAUUUAAUUUAGUUCAACAUUCAAUGUAUCGUUUCCACAAGCGGCUGUAAAGGGAAAACACUAAUUUAGUUAUUCAUCAAAUUCUGUAUCGUUUCUUCAAGCGGCUGUAAUUUCUUUAACUUAGUAAUUUGUACUUCACAUUGCUACAGAUUUUCUUAGCUAUAACCUUAGUAUUUAUAUCCAGUAAAAUUCAUUAAUAAAGUGUUUCCAAAAGAGACAAGGGUGUGGUCAAUUUUGGGUGACAUUGAUAUGCAUGUAUUAAUGAUAAUAUACAAAUAUURAAUUAUAAAAGACUAUCCAAUUUUAGUAUAAAUAUACUAAUGGUCUAUCACUCAUACUGCGUUGUGAUUGGCUACUCUACUAAUAGUCUAAUUUGUGAUAGACCGCUCAUGGGAAAAUCAAAAUGGCGGCAUCUUAUUAAUAAAUUAUUUUAAGGAUACGAUUUUAUACGAUUUUAUACGAAAACAAUUAAAAUUCUCGACAUCAUGUACCUACAACCACAAUUUUUUUUUUGACUGCAAACUAAUUCUUUUUCACA